AUGCCGGAGCCGCAGGCCAUCCUCCCGCUCCGCGCGCUCCCGCCGGACGCGCCGCUGCCCUUCCCCGUCCCCGCGCCGUUCCACCCACAAACCCCCGGCCCCGGCCCCGGCGGGACCGCCCCGGCCACGCCCCCGAACCCGACCCCUCCGCAACCGCAAACCCCCGCCGCGCCGCCUUCCUCCUCUUCGACGCGGCCGCCGCACCCAUGGGAGAUCGCCGCGCGAGCCUGGCUAGAGUCCUUCCCCGACGGACGGCCGCCCACCGAGCCCGAGGUCGACGCCUACAUCGACGUGCACCGCCCCGAGCUCCCCUCCCUUCCCCGCUCCCAGCUACACCAGCGCCUCCUCGCUCUCCGUGGCGACCAGGUUUUAGAUGCAGACCAGAGCGCAUUCCCGUACAGGUUCCAGCGAACUGAUCUAUGGAAGCCUGUGUACCAGUGGUUGGAAUCUCUUGAGCUGGACUCACUAGUUGCUACACAGCAGAUAUCAGACUGGCUUACAUCGAACCCAAAGAUAAUGGACAGGUUGGUUGAGAAACAUUCAAAAUAUCAUUUGAUUCACUACACCCAGAGGAUGCACUUGAAGAUGCUAAAAAAGAAGGGAAAGUUGCCAAAGACUCUGCAACUUUCUGCGGCUAGAGCCACAGUUCGACCAAUUGCUGCUGCAGUCACUCCAGAAGAAAACAUUGUGCCAUUACAGAAAACUAUACCUCCAGUGACAGGUAGAUUUCCCAGUGUCAGUGCAUGCAGACAACAAAGCGGUACUGCAGGCAGAUUUCAAGGUGGAAAUGCAACUCUUAGGGAUAAGAAGACGUCAUUGUCCAAAAAGAAAGAAGCUUUGCUCAAAUAUGAACUUUUGACAGACUUGCAGAACCAAUUGACUGCUGUGCUGUUAAAGCAAUGUCGUACUGUUGCCAUUAAAGAAACAGAUUCAUCAUAUGUGGAAUUUCCAAAUCAAGAGACUAACAUGAGUAUACAAGGGGCCACUACUGCAAAUGCUUCAGCCCCUUCUGAGGCAAAGAAGGUGUUUAUCAAUGAACAGUCAGUUCCCGGAGGAGCCCCAGAAAGUGAACCUGGGCAUAAGAGGAAGAGAAACCCUAUCAUCGUUACACCUGCAUGGUGUUAUAGUGAAGCAUCAGCAGAAACCUUGCAGAAUGAACCAAAUCCUAGCUCAAAUAGUGAUGGUUCAAGAAAUUUCAAUAUUUGGAAAGGACAUGCUAAUCCACUAGUUUCACAUAGAGAUAUUAAGAAAAAUAUAUUAUUCUGUCUUGAGGGACGUGAAACUGGUGUCAGCUGCUCUCAAGCUGCUUCUUAUGGAGGUUAUGCUGGACGAAAUUGUGAAAGAUGGACUCCAUUUCUUGAAGGAUGGAAUUCACCUGCAGUCCAGUUUGAAGGGCCUGCUGUACAUGUUGUGAGAAAAAGUUACCUAUCUUGGUGUCCAACUUCAUGUGCUUAUACGUCAAGUGCUCCUUCUGCUCAGCCUCAUGGCAGGCAAGGUAUCCGCAAAGUUCUUGAUGUAAAAUUUCAUCCAGAAGGGUUGCCUCAGCUUGUUUCUAGCUCUAAUGAGGCACCCAAUGAAUUACUGCUUUUCAAUCUUCUUUCUGGAAGGGCAAUUCAGCUUAGAGGCCACAAUACCAAGAUCCAGUCUAUCGCGUUUGCAGUCAAAGGAGCAAGUGUAGUGUCUUGUGCUUCUAAUUUAUUAAAGGUAUGGGACUGCAUUACCGGCUCUUGCCUCUAUACGCUGGGUGGUGAUGACCAAAAUUCAGUGGGGCAUACUCAGAAAAUAAAUGCUAUGGCAGUGAAUAAAUGGCAAUCAUGUCUUGUUGUCACUAGUGGAGCAAAAGGUGACGGGAAGCUUCUACUAUGGAAUGCUUUAAGAGGUGAACUUGCUUCUGAUCUAAAUUCGAACUUGAGGUCCCAGGAUAUGAUCUAUCCCUCAGUUGAUACAAUGGAGUUCUAUAGUGAGAAUCAUCUGGCAUGUGGAAGCGAUUGUGACUAUGGCUCAGCUGUGGUACAAUUAUGGGAUAUUGAUUCUCCAGAGUCUUAUUUAUCUUUCUCUGCAAGUGACUCUUACAUUACUUCCCUUAAAGUCAACCCUGCUGGCAACACUCUCAUUACAGGUUCUGGUGAUGGGACAAUUGGCUUAUUUGACAUCCGUACUUGUUCUGCAGUUAGCCACUUGUCAGUGGGAUCUGGUUGUGAGGUUACAUCUGUUUCAUUUAGCAACUGUGGCACCUAUUUUUCUGCUUCUAGCACAUCAAAUAAUACUUUGGUUUGGGACACAAGGCUUGUCCCAAUAAAUCAAAGCAAGGAUGUUUCACGAAGCAGAGAUAUGCGAUUUUUUCGGCCUUUACAUUGCUUUAGCCAUGGUAGUCAGAUGCCUACUGCAGAAUACACAAGUCAACUGCCAGGGGUCCCCUAUUCUCUUCCCCACCUGCAGGCUGCAGGUCCAAGGAGCACGAAGAUGAGCUCCUCCUCUGAAGAUGAAAAUCGAAGGCGGCAGCUUGCAGUGGAAGUCAUCAUGCCUGGGCCUAAUCCUGAAGGAGGUGCUGGUGCAAGCUCAUCAGUUGCAUCAGGCUUUGAGUAUCUUCUCUGUUGUAUGUUCAGUCAUGUUGAUGAGGGUGAUCAGGGGGUAAAUGCCACACAGUGGCUGCAUAACGAACCUGUACUUGUCACUGUCAACCUUGUGUCAGACAUAUCGUCGCUCAUACUCGAUGUGCUAAUGCGGUUGCUGUAG